AGGAGCUUUAUUUCUGACAGAAGUGAGACGCGGUUUACAGAAGCGAGAAACAAACCGCAAGGAUUUUACCAUUGUGAUCUCUUCAAACGAAAACACACACAGAGAGAGACAGAGAUAAAGAUAUAACGAAAAGGGAAACCCUAUGUCUCAAAAGCCUUGAGUAAAUCAAGGUCUGAAAGUUUGAGCUCCCGCUGGACGACGGAGAGAUGGAGGAGAGCAGAUUUACAGAUGUGUGCUGAGAGGAAAACAGCAUCAUGCAGACUCUGACGAUGAUGAUGAUGACGAUAAUGAUGAUGUCAUUCCUGUAUUCAGCGCUUGCACAUCAAACUCUGGAGUGUUAUAAUGAUUUUAGAAACAUCUUCACGUGUGUGUGGGACACACACUCUCUGCACAUCCGACCCGACACCAGCUGCACCCUCAUCGUAACGGUUACAAAGCAACAAAAUGUGUUUGAUCUUAGUAAAUCAGUAAAGAACGCGCAGAUGUUGGCGGACCCGACCCGGACACACAUUCGCUCCGCCACCGUGGAUUUUAACUUAAAGAGGGGUAUAAUAACGUCAUUCGCCCAGCUGGAGGAAGAGGUUCGAUGUGAAAAUUACUCCGAACCUUUGGCUAAAAUCGCACCGCAUGAUGUAUCAAUGACCGUAGUGAAACUGGCUCCUCCUCAGAAAGUGGAAGUCCGCGGGCUCAACGCUUCCUGGACUAUCAAUUCAACAUUACACACACCAAUGUUUGAGGUCCAGUUCAGAACCGCUUCUCAGAGCUGGACGGAUGUGAAGAUAGGACAGACUGAAGCAACUCAUCUGGAUCUUCCGGAGGAUGAUCUGUACUUACAGGAACGCUACGUGAUCCGCGUGAGAGUCAAGCUUGAUCUUACAUUCGCGAACUGGAGCGACUGGAGUCAGGAGUACAGCUGGACAUCGGAAGUGGGCCGGACCCGCCCCACACCAGGCGUCCCCGUGUUGCUGCCGCCGGAUUGGUCAGUCGCAGGAUUCACACUGACAGGAUUCACUCUGGUUCUCGUAUCGGUGUGUGUUCUCAUCUUCUGCGACAGGAGAAAGAGCCUAAAGAAGAACUGCUCGCGGUACAUCCCUGAUCCCGCCAUGUUCUUCGGAGAUCUCAACUCUCGACACGGAGGGAAUUUCACGUCUUGGCUAGGGCCGUUUUUAGCGCAUGAGAGCUUCAUCAAAGUGGACACGGAGUGUGUGAGUCCCGUGGAGGUCCUGAAGCCAGCGGACGCCGGGGAUUCCCGAAGCUCACCCCGAGACCGAGACAGCGGCGGCCUGCAGGACCGAUGGGACGGAACCAGCAAAUCCUCCAACUUCUCAAACUCCACCUACUUCUUGUCCCAGACCUCGAAGGGGGCGAUCGACACCCUGGAGCCCUGCUCGACGGACUCCUCCUACGGGCCAGCAGGGGGCGUCAGCGGGCCGGACCCGGGUCACGCUCACGUCACUCGUGAAUCUGAAGAGAAGGAGCUUGAGCUGAAGACCCUGGAGAGGCUCCGGCAGGACACGCAGAGCCCAGACUCGGGUUUCGCCGGCGGGGCCGAGGACAGCAUGGAGGAGUCGGACCUUCCCAGUCCUCUGGCGUUAAACCUGACCCGGCUCCUGCCACAGGGCCUGCCGGCUCCUCAUCCCAUCAUGCACCUGGGCUUCAAGCACACGCCUGGUUUCAGCUGCGCGUUUCCGGGACUAAUGGAGCUGGACCUUCAGAGCCCGUGUGGGAUGAUCGAGCCCUCUAGUGGCGAUUACAUGCCAGUGAAGAGUGUGCAGAAUUAGCAUUGUUCACGGUUCAGACUGAAGAGGUCAUGGAUAAUCAGGACUCGCUGAGCUGGAGUCAGAAACGCUCAGGGCUUGACAUUAACACCAGCAAUUUACAUUUUGCAAAAGCCAUCUCAUCAAAAGACAUCUGAAAUAAUAAACUAAGAGCAAAAAUAUAGAUUUUUCUAUAUGUGAAAGGCUUCCAAUGAUCAUUUUCCUCAGAAUAGAUACCGAGCGUCAGGGUCAUGUUAGUCGAGCUCGCAUCAGUGACAUCAGCGGAUCCACGUCUACUAUAGGAAGACAACGCAUAUCAAUGUAUAUAUAAGAUCGUUUGUUUCUCAGGAGCUCGUUACCCUCCUCCCUCCCCAGCUCCCUUGUUACAUAUAUUUUAGUAUGUAUAAAUUGGGUAUCUUUUGAAAGCUUAAGAGCUCAGAAUUCAUCCUCUGAAAACCGUUUUGAAAUUGGACGCUGUGUUACCAUAGAAACGGUGCUCCAAAUUCUUUUAUCGGCUCCUCCCCUUUUGGCCGUAAUCAUGCUCCAUAAUUUAUGAUCAAAACCUUUUCUAAUCUUUUUCAAAGGUCAGAAAGGUCCAUAUUUUGUGACAAAAGUGAUAUUUGGACAGAAAUGUAUUAAUUUGUUAUGGCAUAAUGCAUGGAAUGUAUGUCACCCGGUGGCUAUAUUUGGUAUUACGCCUGAACAUCAAUUUUUCUGAUAUCAAAUUCAAAUUUGGAACACAGCUUGGUUAGAUAAAUGGCUUUUGGUUUAAUAGUAAUUU